AUGGUGGUGUGUGUGUGGCAUGGCACGGCGACGGGCAAGUACCAUGCGGGCGUGCUGUCCAGCUGCGCGGCGCUGGAGCGGCGAUGCGUGCGCGCCGGCCUGCGCUGCGGCGAGCUAGCGCACGCGCUGCCAUUCGCGCCCGAGCAGCACUUCACCGAGUUCUCUAGCGUCGUCGCAGACAUGAAGAACAGCGUCGCGGGUGAACGAGCUACGGGAUACGGUGUUGCCUUACUCAACGUGUUGUUUGGUGCGCACACUAACAGCCGCUUGAUUCGUGCCCUAGCUCCGGGUUCCGGGACUGAUGACUUGUUCACACAUCAGGCCUGA